UAGCGUGGGUUACGUUCCCCAAUAGCAGUACGGCACAGGAGGAGCGACAGAGAAUCCAAAGACAAGAACCCAUCUGUUCUGUCCUGCGUUAGGUGAUCAGAACUGAAGAAAAAACGGACAGGAGAUCAACGGAGAAGAGGAGAAAGAAGAAGACGAAAAGAUCGCAUGGACAGUUUCCGAGGUUUGUGAUUGUCUCUCUGUCAGGCCUUUGUGGUGGCUCUUUCCUGGGUACACGCACGGGCCAAUCUGCUCCAGCUCCCGGAUUUGUUUCUUGACAUAUUCCAUGCAUGGGAGCAGAAGUUGUUUUGGAUGCUGUUUGAAGCCCAAACUGACUACUGCAGUGGAUGCGCCAUCAAAAGGGUCAGAAGUUCAUGAUCAGAAGUUGAAAAAUCCAAGCAAAUCAGAAGACUUCUGGAGCAGUAGCACAUUUGAUAUGGACAAUAGUGCAGUUCAGUCACAGGGAAGCAUCUCAUCAAUCAGUACUUCAAACCAGACUAUCGACCCACAAGCUGGCAAUCCUGGGACACCUUCUGAAUUCAUUAAUCAUGGUCUUAUGCUCUGGAAUCAGACUAGACAGCGUUGGAGAGGUAACAAAAGGUCUGAGAACCAGACGCAACAAGUUCAACCUAAAUUAAACUGGAAUGUUACAUAUGAUAACUUAGUUGGGAGCGACAAGCCUUUCCCGCAGCCUAUCCCUCUCUCGGAAAUGGUGGAUUUUCUCGUGGACACCUGGGAACAGGAGGGACUAUAUGACUGAAGAAAUCGCGCGAGCUUAAAAAGAUGUUUAGAGGUUCCAAAUGCUCUUAUCGGCUGCUGUAACAUACAUUCUUUGCUUGAAAGAGAAGUUACUAAUCAAGAAACGCUUUGUAUACUGACUAUGAGGAAUCACAUGAUAAUAUGACUCCCUAGUUUAUUGGCA